UCACCAACUUGCUCAGUGACAUCAACUUUGAGUUUCACCAGACCACUUGGAUCCAGAUCUCAUCAGAGAGCCUCGUGCAAACAUGGAUUGAAGAGCUGAAUUCAAAGGGGUGAGAUUCUGAUGCCUGCUAGAUCAAAUAAUUUAUCUCCACCUUGGGCAUAUCUGAAGUGUUCACUAUGUGUAGCCAAAAGGAGAAUGGACUGAUCAAUACGAAGCUGAAUGCAGAAACAGGGAGCAGCAUCAUCUCACCAAUUAUCGUGAACUCCAAUGUCAACUCCAUGCCAAUCAUAAUUGAUAUGAAAAGUUCAUGCAAGAGUGAUCAGAAAGAAGAACAAUAUGAAGAACUAAAAAUCCAUCAUAAAGACUUCUUGAAAAAAAAACUUGAAUGCAUCACAGAUUACACAUCCAUUGCAGGAGAGCGUGUUUACCUCCUUCAGAGAUUUACGGAGCUUUGGAUCACUGAUUGUGAAUAUAACAAGCUUUAUAAAGAGCAUGAAGUAACAGAAAUAGAAUCACCUUCAUCGACGUAUAACAAGACAAAUUUUAACUCUAUUAAAUGCAAAGACAUAUUCAGACCCAUCGGAGGCCAACGGCAACCAAGAGUGGUCAUUACCAAAGGGAUUGCGGGUAUUGGGAAGACAAUUUAUGUAAAGAAAUUCCUCCUUGAUUGGGCAAUGACGAAAGCACACCAGGAGUAUGAUUUUGUAUUUUCCUUUCAAUUUUGUGAACUCAAUCUGAUAUCUGAGGAAAGAUUGAGCCUUUUGCAGCUGGUGCAACAACAUUACCCAUACAUGAAGGAUCUGAGUGAGACCUACCUUGAGGUUUCUGCCCGCAGUCUGUUUAUUUUUGAUGGGCUGGAUGAAAGUAAUUUUCCUUUGGAGUUUGAAAAAACCCCAGUGUGUUCUGAUAUCGUAAAGCUUCUGCCUCUUCAGUCACUUUUGACAAAUCUCAUUAAAGGCAACCUCCUUCCCUCAGCAUCCAUUUGGAUAACAACACGCCCGUCGACAAUGAACCAAAUCCCAUCCUCUUACAUUGACAGAGUGACAGAAAUACAGGGAUUCCAAGAUGAAGAAAAAAAAAAGUAUUUCAUGAAGAAAUGCCAGGACGAGCAACUGGCAAAGAAAAUUAUAGCACUGGUGAGGAAGAAAAGCAGUCUUUGGAUGAUGUGCUAUGUGCCUGCUUUCUGCUGGAUCUUGGCCACUGUUCUGGAACAUGUCUUCAAGUCAUUCUGUGUUAAAGAAUUUAGAGGCGACACGGUAACUGAGGUUUAUACCAACUUUUUGGUUGUCAUGGUGACAUACCACCACCAGCAUCGUGGUCACGGAAAGGAAAAGAUCGAGAAAAUCUUUCAGUUGUUGCAGUCUGAUCAGAUAGCACUAAUGAACCUGGGCAAACUCGCAUUUCAAUAUCUAAAGUCUCAAACAUUUGUCUUUUAUGAGGAAGAUUUAAAAUCCUUCAAUGUUGAUAUUUCAUCCAUCUUUGGUGGAUUCUGUAGAGAAUAUUAUAUUGAGUAUACAGCUCUCUCCCACAGGCGUGUCUAUUCUUUUGUUCACACUACAGUCCAAGAAUACUUUGCUGCUCUCUAUAUUUUUGUAUCCUAUCACAAUGAGAAGCGCAACUUGAUGUCAUCCAGCAUACUAGGCUAUUUUUGGGAAAUCUUUUCAAAGCCCACCUUCUUUCAGGUUUGUAAAAGUGCCUGCAAUGAGAUGGUUCAAAGUCAGACUGGCCACUUGGAUCUCUUUCUACAAUUUCUUUGUGGGUUAGGAAAGAAAAGGAUUCAGAAGUGCCUACAAGGUCUCCUCACACACAUGCAGGAACGGGACGAUGAUUUACAGAACACCAGUAACUACAUAAAAGAACUGCUGCAACGGGACAUCCAUCCAGAAAGGUGCAUCAACUUAUUUCACUGUCUGAAUGAGUUGAAUGACAAAUCAGUCAUGAGGGAGAUCAUUAGGUCCAUCCAGCAUGGAGUGCUGAGCUCCCAAAAACUGUCACGUGCUGAUUAUUCAGCAUUGGCCUUCGUUCUGAAAACAUCUGAUAUGGACAGGAAAGAAUUCGAUUUAUCUAAAUACAGAACAUCACCAGAUGGCUUGAAAAGACUUUCACCAGUCAUUAAAUAUUUUGAAAAAAUAACGUUAACAGGCAGUAUCAUGGAUGAGGAAAUGAUUACUUCCAUCAGUGCUCUCCUGCUCUCUACUGAAAAUCAAAUCAAGGAGUUAUGCUUGACAAAUAACACAUUGGGAGAUUUGGGCUUGAAAAAGUUGGCUGCUGCACUGAUGAACUCAAACUGCAGGCUAGAGACACUAGUUCUAAGUAGAAAUGACCUCACAGAACAGUGCAGUGAAGACUUGAUUUUGAUUUUAAGGACAAAUCGAAUUUUGAAAAAGUUAGACCUGAAAUACAACCAAUUGAAAGAUACAGGAGUGAAGGAACUUUCUGUUGCAUUGAGGGACUCUGAUUGUGAGGUUGAGACCUUGGGGUUGUGGGGCAAUGAUUUUACGUACUGCUGUUGUGAGGAACUGGCUCUUGCCCUUAAAACUAACCAGUCAUUGAGAAACCUGGAUCUUGGGUGCAAUAAAAUUGGUGACCUUGGAAUGAAACUACUGUGCACUGCGAUUAAGGAUGAUGGCUGUAAAUUAGAGAAAUUAGAAUUACAUAAAACUGGUCUAACAGAGGACUGCUGUGAAGAUCUCGCUUCCACUCUCAGAACAAGUCAGAGACUGAUAACCUUGGAGCUAGGUUACAACAACCUUGGAGAUGUAGGUGUACAGCGACUAUCUGAAGCAUUGAAAUAUCCCAACUGUAAAUUACAAACACUGGGUCUGUAUCGCAACAACCUGACAAAUGCUUGCUGCCCAGAUCUUGCAAGUGGCCUCAUAGCUAGCUCUACACUGACUGAGCUCAACUUGACUAGCAACAACCUGCGAGAUUCAGGAGUAAAGUUACUUUUUGCAGCCCUGAAGGAUAUACAUUAUGCUUUACAGGACAUAAGCUUAAAGGAUAAUGGUCUGACUGCUGCUUGUUGUGAGGAUAUUCUCUCUGCCUUGAGAGUGACACAUACGCUAAGAGAACUGAAUCUCCAACUUAACAACCUAGGAAUAUCAGCAAUUAACUUACAGUGCAUUGCACAACAAUCCAAUUGCAAGCUUUACUUAUAGAGUGCAAAACAGCUUCAUUCUGACUGAUUUAUAUGUACAUCAACACUAUAUCCACUAGAGGGCAGUGAAUAUACUCCUGUUAUCCUCCGCAGCAGGAGAACAUGCACAUUUAAAAUGAUGAAUACCGCUGCAAGAAAAUGCAAAAUGUAGAUAAGAAUAAAUGCAGUGCAAGAAAAUGGAAAAUCUAUAUAGCACUGAAUAUUAAAGAAAUGAAUGUUGCAGAUAAUUAUAUAUAAUGUGUAACUAUAGAGCAAAGUGCACUCCAAGAAGCACACUAUAUUUGAAUGGAUAUUCUGUACAGGAGUUUAUAUUAUAAAUGGAAAGUUACACUGUGGAAUUAGUAUUGCAAGUCAAAUUUGUCCAUAGAAGAAUGUGUUAUGACAUUAACUUAUA